AUGGAUAAUUCUAAUAGCAAUGUUCCGGGGCUUUUAAAUAAAUUAUGUGAAAGAUUGACAUCCAAACAAGAAUCAGUCAAAUCAGCUGAAGCUUAUGAAUUGGCACUAUCUUAUAUGACAUCAAUAAAUGAGCGACCUUUAGCUGAAGAAAAAAUACUUUGUCAAAAGAUUCAUUCUCAUCUGAGUAAUAUAUCUAGCAAGGAUGCAGAUAAGUUUAAUGAGUGCUUUUCUAAGCUUAAAAAUGCUUUUGUUCUCAAUCAGCCAGUAGCCGUUUUGUCCCUUUUAUUGGCCCUAUCAGAAUCACCUCAAGCAUCUAAUUCAACACAGCAGCUCUUUCCACUACCAAAUCUCAAUGUUGAUAGUUCAGCAGUGGGAUUUACUGGAACAGCAAGCUCGAGCAAGAGUACAGUGGGCACAAGUUGGGGUUUAAAUACUCCAAAACAACAAGCCUCUAGUCAGAGCCUUCCAUCUAACCAUAGUAAUAUGGCUAUUAUGACUGAAUCUUGCAAUCAUGUUAACGAAAAUGCUUGCGUAAGAGAUGCAGUGCUAGCUGCAACAGGUGUCAAGCCGAAACCUUCAUGCACCUUGUCCAGGCCUGUCCAAAUUCUAUAUUCCAGAAUAGCACAUUUGGGCUUUCUUCACGAUAAACUUAAGGAAUUCAUUGAUCCUACAUCAGUGUUCACUCCCCGAGGUCUAAUGGUUGAAGGCUUGGUGGCCGCAGUACGUGAUGAACUAACAGAAUAUUAUCGAAGUGUUGCGUUACUUCAAUCACAGGUUUGUGAAAAUGACUGCAGUGGCGGUACACUUCGUCGCGUAUGUGUUUGGGCCCAGGAUCCACUGCAUAGGUUGACGUGGCUGGCGACUAUUGUACACAGUGUACAAGAUAAGAGAGGUGGUGCAUUAGCAUCUUGCGUACAUAGGUUUGUUCAUCACGGUGAUGAACGGAUAGCGGCGCUGGCGCGAAGAUUGCUGACUGCCCUCACCUACCCUCUGCUGCUAAUGCUAACACGCUGGCUGCUACACGGUGAAAUCGACGAUCCAUAUGGCGAAUUUCUUAUUGAGAAAAGAAAUAAAGUGUCAAUCGACAGAAUGUGGCACGACAAGUACCGAGUUAGAGACUGGAUGAUACCGUCUUUCAUGAGCCGUGAGCAAGCAGCGCAGAUUCUAGCAACUGGCAAGAGUGUGGUGUUCAUGCGGAAAGCAUGUGCCAACCUCCCGGAACAGGGUGAGCCGGGUUCAGAGUCUGACCAUGCGCUACACCUGCAGACGUUGCUCGCAGCCCACACUAGGAAUGGUGCAAGUGGGGGCGGCAUGGAAGAGGAGUCAACGGGUCCAGCGUGGUGGGAGGCAGAGGGAUUGCGUGAGGGUUUGGAGAUGGCGCACGCGGUCGCCUCUCAGCGUCUCUUAGCCGCCCUGACCACGCACCACCAUCUCCUGGAUCAUCUUGCAGCGCACCGACGCUAUCUGCUGCUAGCCCAGGGAGACUUCGUACACCAUCUUAUGACACUGUUGCAGGAUGAACUGAGUAAACCGGCAACGUCGCUGUACGUCCACAACUUGACUUGCACCCUGGAAGCGGCUGUCCGAGCGACCAAUGCCCAGUACGAACCACCGCACGUACUCGCUCGCUUACAUGUCAACCUCUAUCCUAACUGUGACGGUCGCGAAGACAGCGGUUGGGACGUGUUCGCGUUGCAGUAUCGGGUGGACGGACCCCUCGGUACAUUGUUCCCAGCAACAUGUGCAGCGCAAUAUCGCUCUCUAUUCACCCAGUUGUGGCGGGUCAAACGCAUCGAGUAUGCUCUUCAUGACGCCUGGCGCGACCACACCAUCCUCCAGAAGCGACUCAAGGGCAUGCCCGAGGUGUGGAGCCUAAUGCGUCGGGUGUCGUGUCUGAGGGCGGAGGCGCUCCGCUUAUGCGGCGCCUUGCAAGACGCGAGCUGCGAAGGCGCCGAGCCUGCCUGGGCCGAUCUAUUGGCGGCUGCAGCCGAGGGGCACCACCUCGAUAAACUUCUCCAACUACAUCAUAACGCCCUCGACAGGCAUUCUAUACACGCUAUGAUUCAUCACACCACACAGGGAAGGGCCCGCUCUAUCCUUGCGAACAAUCUUGUACCACCUUUGGGCACAAAUCUCUGUGUAGAAAUAAAUGAGUUGCAAUCGUACCUUGGGAACGUUCUGAAUGAGACUCUGGCGUUACGGAGUUUUGAGACUACCCUCCACACCGGGAUAAACGCUGAGCUGGAGCGGCGAGAGCGCUACGAAGCCUUGAAGAUCGAACGAGCUGCUAGACAUGAAUAUGCCAUCACAGCAGCCGAUGAAGUCCAGGACAAAGAGAGACGAAAGAUAUUCAACCAGUUUCUCGCGAGCAGGAAAGCCGAUCUCAAUGUUUGGGCGCGGACAUACAGAGGCCACGUAACAACGCUGAUACUGAAGCUCGCUCUCCACACGGAGGUUUCCCUGCAGACGCUGGCGUUCCGUCUUGAUUACAGCGACUUCUACAAACGCGGCGACGCGAAGUUACACGAACCUUUAACAUAUCAGCACAAACGACUGAGCGAAAUGGGACUUCAUCUUGCUAAGACCAAACUUCUGGACCACAUGAAGAAAAAGUGA